GAGAGAGAGAGAGAAAAUACAGAAAAUGCAGCUAAAAUCGGCUCUUAUCCACGUUAGAGUUAGAAUCAACCGCCAUAAAUCACUGAACGAUUCUCUUUCCUCAAGCUCUGUGUAAAACAACUAAAACAGCUUGACUAUUUUCUUCUAGAUGAUACAUAGUUCGACCCAUGACGUAAAUACAGAAUGUAAAUUAAGCUGGAGGCCAGGUUGAAGCGUCGACCCGCAUAAGCGCGACUAAGAUCCCGUCAGGGCGAUCGUGCGAUCAUAAGGACCGUGUCGUGUUGCACUUCCUGCACUUUCCUUCCUUUUCUGCCUGUGAAGCCCGAGAGAGUGAUACACCCGCAUCGGCUCGAAAGACGGAAAGUCCGAGAAAAGCGCGGCUGAAACGGCGAACGCACGGCGCGCAUUAUAAAUAACGCGCUAUUUGGAGUCGCGCGUUGUGCGCGCGCGGUGCGGGGUGACGUCUUCCGCAGAAACAUGGAGGCGAUUGCGCGUCGCCUGAAUUUGCGUCGCGACGGGACGUGGAGGCGCGUUAGAAAUCGCGAGUUGGAAUCGCUUGCUCGACCGAUCGCGAGCUUCUCCACCCGUAUCUUCCUUCGUCCGCCCGCUCUGCUGAAUGAUUCGAAGUCGAAUUUGGAAGUUUCCCUCGCUUCAAAAUGACGAGGCGCCGAUAAUCCCUCCAUUGCAUGCGCAUCGGAGGCUCUUCACGAUUCUCGCAGUUGUGGAUCUCACAUGUAAACACGGAAACGAUCGUUUAAGACUGCGUUCGCGGAAACUUCACCCGGAUGCAUUCGGGUAUACCUUACGUCCUUCGGAAACCUUAACGGGUAACGCUCAAGUGAUAACAGUGAAGUUGUUCGGAAACUCUGUUAGGUGAAUGAUUUUCCACUCUGGAAUUUCAGGGUGGAUUCAGGUAAAUUGUUAUAUUUGGUGGGGUCUUUAAAUAGCGUUUUCGAUUUAUUGAUUUCAUCCAACUCGAUGUCGUUCUAGGUGCGUUCCGAAAUACGUUGAUAGUAUUGAAAAUCUAUAGUCUAUCGUUCACCAUUGUCUAAUCAACUACCGUUCGCCAUUGUCUGUCACUAUCUAUCUACCGUUCGGAAAUUACUAGCACCCUGCCAUUAUCAUUAUCACUCAUUCAUUUCUACUCGCAGGUGAAGUUUCCGAACGCAGCUGAACGAAUAUCCAUGUCGCGGACAGGUACGCGAAGUGAACUCAACGGCUUUGCUCUCAUUCGUAGAUACAGAAGUACCCUGAGAUCACGAGACGCGAACUGCUACGCGGUGGAUCUUUGUCUCGCGCUUUCGCGGGACGGGUAUAAUUACGCAGAACCCCAAGACAGACUCCUGCUUCUGAAGAAGCAGGACUCGACUCAUCGAACAAAUGCUACUUCUCAGCGAGCUCCAAACGCUGACAGACGUCUCACUCGAUGCUAUAUAACAGAGUUCAUGUCUCGUUUCACGUUUCGGAGUAAAGUGUUCAGCGUUUUGCUCCUCGCCUAGCAGCUCCCGAUCGCCCCAGAAACGUCGUUAUCCGAUUACUUCACGCUCGGUCGGACCGUCGGCGGCGAUGACGCACCGAAGCGACGAGUCGCCGUUCGCAUGAUACGUCGCGUUGCGUGCGGAGUCUCGUGCGUCGUCGUCGGUCGCCGCGCGAGACGCUAACCCGCUCGGUUUCGUUGAAGCGAUCUCGCUCAGAGGGGAAAAAAACGUCGUUCUCAAUUACUGCGAACUGCGAGCGCUUCCCGCCGAGCGCGCGCGCGACGCGUAGACGCGCCGCCGCGCGUCAUCAUCGUCGUGCACAGCCAGCCAUGGUCGAUCGCGUUUCGCGAGAGAAUUGGAAUAAUUGCCGCCCCGGUAGCGGCUGUCGGUUGCAUAACGAUGUAUUCCCACCUCCGUCGUGUAACACGCGCAGUUCCGCAGUUCUGACCCAUCGGUUUCCCGCCGGAGAAACAUUCACGCUCGCCGAUACACAAGGAGGAAUGUCCCGUAACAAUGGACCUGGUCUCUACGAGUUUCUUAUGGAAGCCGAGCUGCAACAGUAUUAUCCUGGCAUUCGAGGGGACUUGAAGGUGCAAACAACGGCGCAACUGAAGUAUGUGACGGAAGAAGAUCUGAACGCGAUAGGGAUGAGCAAGCCAGAGAUGCGUCGUCUGAAAAAGUACUUUCAGAAGCACUUCCCGCAGAAUUACCUCUCCAAGUUCAAGAAGAUGCUGCUGCCGAAACGCGAGGAGCAGUCGCCCGGUGCUCUGAGCAUGCUGCCGGAGGAGCGACAGGACAAGCCACCGGUUCGCGUUCCCAACAAGCACAUGAUACCGGCGGACGCGAUCAUCGUCAACAAGGAACUGGGCACCGGUGAAUUCGGCAUCGUGCAGCAGGGAGUGUGGACGAACGACGGCGAGAGGAUACAGGUGGCGAUCAAGUGUUUGUCGCGCGAGAGGAUGCACAAUAAUCCUAUCGAGUUCCUGAAGGAGGCCGCAAUCAUGCACUCGAUCGAUCACGAGCACAUCGUGCGCAUGUACGGUGUGGUGCUUGACACGAAUUCAUUGAUGCUGGUCACGGAACUGGCGCCGUUGCGCUCGUUGUUGGAAUGCUUGAAGGAGCCGAGUCUUCGUGCCAGUUUCCCGGUCUUGUCGCUCUGCGACUUCGCCGUGCAGAUCGCCGACGGGAUGCAGUAUCUGGAGCAGAAGCGACUGAUACAUCGUGACCUCGCCGCUCGGAAUAUUCUUGUGUUCUCCAAGAACAAGGUCAAGAUCUCAGACUUUGGUUUGUCGCGCGCAUUGGGAGUCGGCAAGGAUUACUACCAGACGAAUUUCAACGUCAACCUGAAGCUGCCAAUCGCAUGGUGCGCGCCCGAGUGUAUAUCUUACCUCAAGUUCACGUCGGCGAGCGACGUUUGGGCGUACGGUGUGACCUUGUGGGAGAUGUUCAGCUAUGGCUUUCAACCGUGGGCGGCGUUGACUGGUCAUCAGAUCCUCGAGGCUAUAGACGAGCCGAAUUUCCAAAGGCUGGAACAACCUGACUGCUGUCCCAAGGACUACUUUGCCCUCAUGCAGCAGUGUUGGCAGCACGAUCCACUCAAGAGGCCGAAAUUCUCUGAUCUGAUCAGCGUGCUACCCGACCUAAAACCGGAGCAGGUGCAGGCGGUUCAGGACAGCAUCGAUCCGAGUCAACUCGUUUACAGGCAAAGCGAUGUGAUCACGGUCCUCGACAAGGGUAGCAGCAACACGCUGUGGAAAGGCGUGCUGAACAACGGCAAGACCGGCUAUUUCAAUCCGGCUCACACGAUAGCGUACAUCGGCUCGAAUCUACCCAGCAACAAACCCGGCGAGUUCACGCGCGGAGACGGCAAGAACGCAUUCUCCUCGCAGCGUAGGAAAAUCCGCACAGACAUGAUAUCGUCGCCGCAAGGCGAUCUCAAACAUACCGGUCACGUGGGUCUGGACGGCGCAUACUUCGGUGACAUUAGUUUCCUCGGCGGCAAAUACCCGCACUUGCCCCGCCAAGUGGUUACUCCGUACAAACCGCAGGAGGACGUAACUGAUAAUUCUAGUCAAAUCGUAAGUCAGGAUGCGAGGAGUGUCGAUGUGAACAGGGAAUCAGUGAGGGACAGUAGAAACCUACAAGAGACCCAACAGAGCAAACACGAGAGCUUAUGGUCCGAUACGAGUUCGGAGAUAUGCCAUGUGACCACGACGGCCAACGCGAGCAAGCAAUCUAUGACGACCAACAUGGGCAGCAGUACCGACACUCUCGGAGCUGACCACGAAUACCACGAAAUCAGCGACGAAGAGAACCAAGACAGUCCGUUGAGAUUCGAUAAGGCGUUGAAUUUCGACUUUGGCCCGAGUCUUCUGGCAGAGAUGGAUCAGAUGUUCCGAUCGCUAGGUUCUUCCCCUCCACCACCGCCACCCGGUCAUCCUUUACCCACCGAGCAUGAAUCGAGCAACGUGAGAAAUGAACUGCGAGAGAUACAGGCGAAACAGUGUAGCAAGAAGAAACAAGCCACCGUGAGUCCAAUAAAUGUGAAGCCUAUCUCAGCCGCCGAUCAGAAAACUCUCUACUCAGCCAUUGCUAUGGCACAGGAAUUGACAGCACGUUCCAUGACAGAUCUUGAACAUCCACCGGAGUCUCCCCGAACACCUGCCAGUCCUUCAAGACGCAGAAAAUUCUCUUUUAAGUUGCCACAUCAACACAGUCCUAAACCAGACAGACGACACUUUUCCGAAGAAGCCGCCAGUAUACCUGACAUACAGUGGUUGUGCUCGAGCCUGCAGUCCCUCUCGUCCACAGUAUCUAGCAUAGAAUCCCUCGGCGCGCCGUCCACCUUGAAGUUACCCCUGUGGGACAAGGCGUCGGCGGAGUUCUGCUUCGCGAAAUCGCGCGAGUUGCUGACGAAGCCGAGCGCUUGGGCCUCGUAUGUAGACAUGGACUUCGACACGCACAUAUUAGAUAAUGCGGCGACGAAGCAGAACCUCGUCAAGUCCACUGAAUUCUUGGAGAACGGAAACCGGAAGGGCAACGCGAAUUGCGAGGCCGCGGCCGACGUGGACGGUAAACUGAAUAUACGCCAUCAGAACGGCAAGAUCUUCAACCUGGAGAACUCCAACUUCGAUUUCCCGCGCGAGGUAAAGCGGGUAUCCACCAGUUACGUGGAGCGCUACUUCGAGCAGCCCAAGUACUUCGACGACGAGCCUAUCCUGGGCUGCCCCGGCGGCGAGAAGAUGUACUUUGGCGACGAAAAAUUGGACAAGUACGACAAGAUCAAUAAUCUGGAGCAGCCCAACAGGUCGGCGUAUUACUCCAACGUGCCUGAGCAAGGCUCGUCGGUCGGUGGUAGGCCCAAUCAGGCGUUGCAGAAUAAGCCGAGCAACUGCGAGCCGCAAUUGAAGGACAAUAUCGCGCAUUUUGAAGCGCGAGCCGACGAGAAUUUCGACAUGUUGAAGGAGAAGACGGCGAAUUUCGAAUCGCCCCGGAGUAAGCCGAACAAGUUCGAAGCUGUCAGGGACAAAGCAACGAACUUGGAUCUUGGCACACGACCGAAGAUUCCCAUCGCUUUCACCGAGUCCACGAAGAUGAACAUCACAGAGUUCACGAAGAAGAUCGACUUGUCGAAGUCGCGAGCGGCGAAAGUCUCCUUUGUGCCUAGGAACCCGAAUCAGGAUACGAAGAGUGGCGUUUACGGUUCGUCGGACAGCAUCAAAGCGAACGUGAAAACUGGAGGAUCGGACAGUCCGAGGGGCAACAUGGAAGCGAUGAGGAUAAAUAUACAGAGCUUCCGCAAGAUCGAGCAGAAUCAGAACGGCCACGAGGGCUUCCCGUUCGUGAUAUCCAAUAAUCCUCUGUUCAUCGCCGAGCCGGAGAAAAAGGAGUCUCCCAUAUACAGCAGUUCCGAGAGCCUGCGAGUGAAUUUCCAACGUCUCAGGCGGAAAUCCGACGCUGAAGCCAGCCAAGUAGAGCUGAACAGCAAGCUAUUGGCGGAGAAGUAUCAGCGCGAGGUGUCCGGCUUGGAGACCGUGAAGAGUUAUUUGGACUCCAAGAAAGGUCAAGGCUUGAACCUCGGUCUGGGCAAGCUGACCCAGAAUAUGAUCCAGUUGGGUAAGAACAUCGCUCAGAAUUCAAGGAAUUUGGAAAGCACUUCGUCCAAGUCACUGGUGUCCAACAUGAGGAACCUGGACCUGUCCGUGCCGUCGCAGACGCCACCGUUACGCAGCUUGAACAUACCGAUCCAGAAGCCGAAGCAUCUGGAUCUCAACAUACCUCUGCAGAGUCAGUCGCCGAUGAACGCGAAGCUCAACCUGAUGCAGAAGGCGAAUCCGCCGCUGACGAGUCCGACCAUGCACCAGCACAUACUGGAGCCGCCCAAGCUGUAUCAGAAUGACCCCGCGCGGAAAGAGCUGCCAAAGCUGGACGUGCUCGUGCCGGAGAAGCUUUCUGGCGCCGCGAACGUCUACCGACACCGAACGUCGUCCUUGUCGGAGAAUAGGAAGCCGCCGAUGAAGAACGUACGCAGAUCCUUCCAUCCGAGGAACGACUCUAGCGAGGAUUCAGACUCGGUCUCGCACUCGGAGACGGACAUCAGAAGCCGGCUGCGCUACAAGCGCAGGCACAAGCGAGUACCGCACAGCUUGCGCUUGAACUUCAAGAACAACAAGCCGCCUUUCUUGCACCCAGACACCGCCAAAGGAUUCUCUGCAAUCGAGCUGUGCGGCAAGUCGCCGCCACCGUCUACCAGCUUCCUCAACUCGCUCUCCCCGCCGUUCUCCUCCAGGAAUAAUCUGCUCUCAUGGCCGGAGAGCGCGCCGAGCUCCAGCCUGACGUUCACCAGCAACUCCGACCUCGACUCGGACACCAGCUCCGAGUAUCCGGAGUUCACGAGCGAUGUGUUGACUUUCCCACCCUCUCCCGCUCCAUAAAGUCCGAAUAAUGUCAUGUUGACGUCAUGGCUUUUCAAAGCCUCGAUCGAUCUGGAUGUAGCUUUUCUGUGUGUAUGUGCGCGUAUGUGUGUGUUGGCGAGUCCGAAUUACACGGUUUUGUGUAGUAUGGUCGGAAAAGCUGUUCCGUCUGUCUGACGAAUGCAUGCAAUUGUAUUGACCCAUUAUAGAUUCAACGUAGAUUUCGUACAACGUCGUGAAGUCCUCCGAUGCAUAGGAUAAUCUCACUGAAAUGGUUCUUAAUAAUAUUUAUGUUUUUUAUCUCGUCUUUAUAAGAGAGACGCUAGCUCAUUCGACGAAAUUGAACCAGAGAAGUGUUACAUAUUGGCCGUAAAGAACCAUGGAAUUAAAUUAGAUAUCUCAAGCAGUUUUAUCAUCUACCACUACUAUAUACACUAUACUGAAAUAUCGAAAUAUUAAACAGGGCAUUAAAGUGAUCUUCAGUGAUUUGUGAUGGAUGAUCUUUAAUGGGUUGAAUGUAAGCCGUUAUAUCCUAACGUAUGGCUCAUCACGCGUGUUCACUCGGUCGGUAUACUCCGUAUUUCGAGGAUAUUCACAAUGAGGAUAAAACGUACAUUGAAGAAAUUGCAGCGUAAUCCCGUUUGUUCCUCAAAAUUCGACGCGAACGAUUUUGUACAUUUGAAAAAAGUGCUCCUGAUGAAAUAUACAAUUUUGGAUAUAACAGGUUGUGUGAGUAAGCGGUAUAUACUUCACGGGGUAUAUACGGUAUGUAUACCAGGGUGUAUAAGGUGGACAUACAAUAAUUGAUUAAAAGAGGUGUUGUGCAAAGCAACAAUUCUCAUAUACGCUUAGCAUGCUUGCAUGUUGUACUAAUCACCGAAUAAUAUUAACGUAUAAUGGAACACUUUGGACGUAUUUACACGUUUAUACUAAUUGUACACGUAUCCGAGAAACCGAUAACAAAGUCCUGGGACGUACAAAUCGGUUCGUUGCUAGUAAUAUCAGUUUUUAUUCGACGGAGAUUUAUAGAUACGAUACACACUUGCACCUACGUAUUUUCGAGUAGUUGCAGUACAUUGGAAUAUAAAUCAGGAGUUCUCAAACUGAGACACCGCAUAUCAUCGGUGAGUGCGCCAACCGCGUCCGAUGUAUCCUGUAAUAUAUUUCUAUAUAUAUUCUUUAAUAUAUAAUAUAUGUAUAUACAGGGGAUCCCAUUUUAAACGAGCCAGGCAAAAAUUUCGAAAAAUAUGAAAGACACUAAGAAACGUUUUAGACAA